GAUCGUAGUGGUCGCUUUGAUAUCGUUUCUGAGUUGCUGCUUGAUGCGAGGGCGUAAAGAAUCCAGCUCGAGGUCGAUUGAACUCCCGGCGAAAUGUAAGUUUGGAAAUCUGAGCGUCAGGGCGUUUCCUGUCGAGACGAAGAGCAGCACGAACUGCAUGGAAGCGAAAAAACUUGGGGAGAAUAUGGAGGAAGGAUUGAAGAGGCCAAGGGUCAACCGUACGAGAAAAAUUAGUCCGGAAUGUUCCAUAGUAAAAAGAUGCAGAGAGGCGGAGGCGCGCAGGACGAAAUUACAAAAAUGCUGUGACAUUAGGCACAGCAAAGUUAAGAAGCAGGGCUACGAACCUGUCUGCCAAAUUUUGACAGCGGCUGGCAGCUUGGAAUCUUACAGAUCGCAUUUGGGACACAGAAAUUUGUACCCCGGAAGAUCGGAUCGCUACGACAGGCAACCACCCGCCGUUCCUAUGCCAGACUUCGACAGGUGAGGAAAAACUUGGAGGUGACGGAAAAUCACGUUCAGAGAGAGUAAGGAGGCACUGACUCGUUUGGGCAGGAAGGGUCUAAAACAACGAU